AUGCCAUUAAUUGCUGGUCUGGAUAUCGGAUCUACAAGUGUUAAGAUUAGUUUGUUGGACACAAUUAGUCAUCAAAUAGUGGCUACAAAUAGCAAGAAAUAUGAGUUUAAAGUGAACGAAGAGAUCAGAGUUAAACAUCCAGAAUAUUGUCAGCAAAAUGUUUCAGAAAUUAUUGGCUGUAUUCACGAAACUUUGGCCACAUUUGAUGAUCAGCAGAGGUCAACCAUCACAAUGAUCUCAAUUUGUGGUCAAAUGCAUGGAUGUGUUCUCUGGAAUAACGAUUCAUAUUUAAAUUAUUAUUCAAAAAGAGGACAGUUUGAUAUCGAUGAUAGUCGGGUCAGUGAUCUAUACAAUUGGCAGGACAUGCGAUGUACCGAUAAAUUCAUAGCYUCAUUACCGAAGCCCCACUCAUACGCAGAUCGUAUCAGCACAGGCUUCGGGUGCGCCACUAUUUUCUGGUUGACUAUAUAUGAGAAACAAUUUGUCCAGAAAUUCAAUAGUAGCGCAACUAUUAUGGACUUUAUAGUCACCAUUAUAUGUGGUCUCAAACAUCCAGUGAUGAGCACUCAAAAUGCUAUGAGUUGGGGUUAUUUUGAUCCCAUUGGACAUAAAUUUAAUGAAAAUCUACUUAAAAACAAUGGAUUUCCUGUACAUCUUUUGCCAACAGUUAGCAAAUGUGGAUCAAUUGCAGGCAAAACUGUGUUCAAUUGGUUAGGCAUUCCUGUGGGAACACCAGUAUUGGUGGCUAUGGGUGACAUGCAAUGCGCUACUUACGUUAAUUUACGGCACAACCCUAACAGUGCCGUGAUAAAUAUUAGUACAUCAAUGCAGUUAAGUGUCUUGAAUAACAAAAACUUUACACCGGAAUCAAAAAGUGUUUCAAAAUAUAAAUCAAUUGACUAUUUUCCGUACUUUGACGACACCUACCUGUCAGUGGCCGCCAGUCUUAACGGUGGAAAUGUAUUACAACAUAUAAUUAACUUUAUUAAAGAUUUAAUUGAAGACAUUACUGGUAUUAAAGUGCCUGACAAUCAAAUUUGGCACAAAAUUUUUCAAUUACAUCAAAAUCAAGAGACAGACAUCUCAGAUAAUAAUCUAUUAGUUAAGCCGACAUUGUUUGGUGAAAGACAUGAUCCCAGUCUAAAGGCAUCGAUUGUUAAUAUUAGUAAAAAUGUUAAAAUUAAUAAAAUAAUUGAGGCUUUUUGUAAUGGUAUCAUUGAUAAUGUAUUUGAAAUGAUGCCAAUUGAAUAUAUUAAAGAAAACAAUAUUACACAAGUGAUCGGCACCGGGACUGUACUCAUCAAGAAUCCCAUUAUGAGAGGAAUGUUAGAAACAAAGUUAGAAAUUCCUAUCGUUUAUAUUGAGAACAGUGAUGCAGAUGUGGGCGCUGUUUGGGUGGCAUUUGAUUACAUUUUUAAUACACAAUAA